AUGUCUUCACGCUGGGGUGGCACUCCGCAAUGUCCACGCUGUGAGAAAGCAGUAUACAUGGCAGAACAAGUUAUCGGACCCAAUGGUCCUUGGCAUAAGGCGUGUCUCACAUGCAUUGACUGUAAGAAACGACUGGACUCUUAUAUUCUCGCAGAGCACGAAGGGGAGGCUUAUUGUAAGACCUGUCAUGGACGUCGUUUUGGUCCAAAAGGUUACGGGUUUGCAUCAGGGACGUCUUUUCUAAGUACCGAUAAGCCCACACCUAAAAAUAACGAAAAUGCGACAGAUACGGAUAAAUCCUCACAAUCUGUACCAAAAUCACCUACGAGCCCUUUAUCUCCUUCGUACGGGUUCUUUAGCACAAGACCUCAAUCUCCGAGAAACGUUAAACGCAGCUGGACUCUUCCUGCCAACAAUGAUAUAUGUCCGCGGUGUACAAAACCCGUUUACGCCGCUGAAGCGGUUUUGGGUGCCGGUGUGAAAUAUCAUAAGUUGUGUCUACGUUGCGUGACCUGCAGUAAACUUUUGGAUUCCACUAAUAUGACAGAUCGAGAUGGAAAGAUUUACUGUCGUUCUUGUUACUCUAAAGAGUUCGGCCCAAAGGGUUAUGGAUACGGAGGAGGUUCGGCAUUUUUGACCACGGAAGGAACGGCUAGAUGA